AUGGGAGAUUUUAAUGUUCACCAUUAUGCGUGGGGUUGCUCAUAUAGUGAUAGAUAUGGUAAUGAACUAUUGGAAUCAAUUGAAGGAAACAAUUUAUAUUUAGUGAACAAUGGAAGUCCGACUCUGGUAUUCAAAAAUUCAAAAACGGUGGUUGAUAUAACUUUAUGUUCAUCAGAAAUAAUAAAUAAGAUAAAGUGGGAAGUGCAAAAGGAGUCACUGGGAUCUGAUCAUUUUCCAAUCCAUGUUGAACUUAAUGUGAAAAAAGACAAAUAUAUAAAUACAUCAGUAAGAAAAUGGAAUUGUAAACGAGCAGACUGGGAUAAAUAUAAAUCCGUUAUAGAAGAAAAAUGCGAAAAGAUAGAUAAUUCUACAACAGAAGUUAGUUAUAGUGAAUUAUUAGAUUGGAUUGAUAGUGCAGCUAACAGCAGUAUACAAAUUAAUAAGGUGAGAAAUAAAACCAGAAGACCAAUGUGGUUUGAUAAUGAGUGCUUGGAUUUAAUUAAAAAACGAAGAGAAAUAGAAGCAAAAUACAGAAAUAAUGCAAACUGGGAAAACUUUAUGGAAUAUGUUCUAGUAGACAAAAUAGCACCACCAGGAGUUAGUUACAAUAUUGAUGAAGAUUUAAAUGGGUAUGCGGAAAUGGAAAAUGAUUUAUUAAGUAAACCGUUUACAAAAUGGGAACUAGAAAAAACCUGGCAUAAAAGAACGGAUACAGCGCCUGGAUUAAAUAAUAUUCAAUAUUCAAUGUUAAGAAACCUUCCAGAGAAAGGUAAACAAAUAUUACUAAAGAUAAUUAAUAAAUAUUGGAAGAGGCCUGAAUUAAUUGAUGACUGGCAUAUUAAUAAAGUGAUUUUAUUAAGAAAACCAAAUAUAAAUAGAAAUGAAAUAGAUGCCUAUAGACCAAUAACUUUAAGCUCGUGCAUAGCCAAGAUAAAAGAUAGAUUGAUAAAGAGGAGGCUAGAAUGGUGGUUGGAACAUAAUAAAAUAUUCCCAAGAACUCAAUUUGGUUUCAGAAGAAAACAUAGUACAAUGGAUAAUUUAAGUAUAUUUAUUAGUGACAUAUAUUUGGCAUUUUCUAAAAAUACAUAUGUUGUAGCACUAUUUAGUGAUAUAAAGGGAGCUUAUGACAAUGUAAUACCUAAUAUUUUAAUGGAUAAAUUAUUAAAAAAAAUAGUUAUAGAGAUGAAUGAUAGAAAAUAUGAAAGAUACUUAUACAAAGGACUUCCGCAAGGGGGUAUACUGAGUCCUUUAUUAUAUGCUUUAUAUGCUUAUGACUUAGAAAAAAUUUGGGUACCUGGAACAAAGAUCUUACAAUAUGCUGAUGAUGUUGUGAUUUAUGUAGAAAGGAAAACAUUAAAAGAUGCUUUGGAGAUUAUGACAAACAAUAUUGAUUUAUACAAUUUAUGGUUGAGCAAAAAUGGGAUUGGAAAUAACAUAAAUAUUGAAUGGGUACAAGGUCAUAUAGGUGUGGAAGGAAACGAAAAGGCUGAUGAACUGGCAAAAACAGCAAGUGUAAGCGGACAAGAAUAUAAUAAAUGCUUAUAUGGUGACAUAAUUAAGAAAAUUAAAAUUAAAUCAGAGGAGAGAUGGAAAGAAUUAUGGAGAGAAACAUCGCAAAGAAAAGGAAGGCAUUACAAAUUAUAUAAUGACUGUUUAUCGUUUAAACCAUGGUUUGAAGAGUUUAAAAAUGAAGAAAGAAGUUUUAUUGUCACCAUCAGUAGGAUAAGAACCAAACACGGAAGCUAUGCGAAACACUUGCAUAGAAUAAAAGUGAUAAAUUCAGAUAUAUGUAAAUGUGGAGAGGAAGAAGGUACUCUGGAACAUAUAAUUCUGGAAU